AUGUCUCUUCAACGGGUCGCCCGCGCGAAUGUGCUGCAGCACCUGCGCCUCGGCGAUGCCUCGUCGCACCAGACUCGCGUGAUCGGAGUGCAGAAUCAACUUCGCCGUCUUUCUCUCGCCACGAACUCCCGAUUCUCGACUCCGCUGGCCGGAUCUCCCUCUGCUGUGAAAUCUCAACAGUCCCAAUCCUUUGCGACGGAGGCGACCAAGACUGAUAGUGCCAAGAAAUCAACCAAGAAGUCGACAACCAAGGAGCCCAAGGCAGAGAAGAAGAAGACCAAGCGCGUAUUGACGGAGAAGCAAAAGGAGGCCAAGGAGAAGAAGGAGAGCCGUGAGCUCAUCAAACAGCUCAAGGAGACUGCUCUGCAACCGCCCAAGAAGCUACCCCAGGUCGCUCGCUCUAUUGCUAUCCAGCACAAGAUCAAGGAAUUGAGGGAACAGUCAUCUUCGAUGACGCCGGUGGAAAUCUUCAAGGAGGCCAUUUCACAGGUUUACUCUCAGCGACUGAACGAGGCCGACCGAUUCAUCAACCAGGCCGAGGAAAACCGGGCUGCCAACGCUGCCUCCUACGAAGCCUGGAUCCAGCUAUAUACGCCUCUUCAGGUCAAGCAGGCAAACACCGCUCGCAAACACCUCCGUCGAUUGGGUCACGCCAAGUACUUUAGCCUCCAAGACGAGCGCCUGGUCAAGUUCCCUACUACUGCGUAUCUGUGGUUCAUGAAGGAGCGCCACGAGCGUGGUGACCUCAAGCACCUGCCCGUGGGUGAGUCGGCUACGCGACUUGCUGGUGAAUGGAAGAACAUGACCGACUCGGAGAAGCAGCCCUACUUUGAAAAGUCUGAUCGUGACGUUGAGCGCUAUCGCGAGGAAUACCGCGAGGCGUACGGCGAGGAGGUUCCUUCCCCGAGGGCCAAGGCGUCGUCUACCUAA